AUGGGAGGAGUCGAAAAAAAAGAUGGCAUUGUACUCAACAACUUCAAUUCAACAGCAAAUUUGACGUCGAAUUCAGGCUUCCAGUCUACUCUGACCCUCGGUUCAAAGGAGGUCAUAAAUGAAAAAGCUUAUGAUCCCUUCGAGCACCGAAAUGUUGAGCAUCCGACAUCGACUAUGGGCUCACUUGCUCAUCUGCUCAAGUCGUCCCUUGGUUCCGGCGUCCUGGCGAUGCCGGCAGCCUUCAAAAAUGCCGGUUUAGUAAUGGGCGUUAUUGGGAACAUAUUCAUAGGAUUCAUUUGUACACACUGUGUUUAUGUGUUGGUCAAAACGUCACAAGAAGUCUGCGUGGAAGCAAAGAAACCCUCGAUGGGUUUUGCCGAAACUUGCGGUGCUGCUUUUGAAUUUGGACCCAAAAAAUUAAGACCCUGGUCUAACUUCGUGAGAAUAUUUGUGGACUACGCUUUGACAUGCACGUACUUAGCAGCUCUCUGCGUUUAUGUUGUAUUCAUCGCUGAGAAUUUCAAACAGGUCUUAGAUGUAUACGCUCCUAAUGACAAUCUUUCAGUGCAAGCAUAUUGUGCUUUAACCCUCGUCCCACUAGUUUUGAUGAGCCAAAUUCGCAACCUCAAAUGGCUGGUACCAUUCUCGGCUAUUGCUAAUGUUUUCUUAGUGGUAUGCUUCGGCAUUACCUUGUAUUACAUCUUCAAAGACCUCCCGGUUAAGAGUGAAGCGACAAUGGUUGCGAGUGUUUCAAAGUGGCCUUUGUUCAUCAGUACAGUGGUGUUUGCUAUGGAAGGUAUCGGCGUCGUGAUGCCAAUUGAAAAUGAAAUGGCAAAACCGCAGCAUUUCCUCGGAUGUCCAGGAGUUUUGAAUGUGGCGAUGACUGUUGUAGUAACUCUAUACGGAUUAGUCGGACUCUUUGGGUACAUGACAUUUGGGGAUACUGUUCAUGGUAGUGUAACCUUAAAUCUGCCCAAAGAUGACGUUCUAGCGCAGGCCGCAAAAAUCCUAAUGGCUCUAGCUAUACUAUUCACGUAUAGCUUGCAGCUUUACGUGCCAAUGGAAAUGAUCUGGAGACAAUUGAAAGACAAGAUAACCGUGAGGUAUCAUAACAUCACUCAAAUUGCUAUUCGAACUGCGGCAGUUGUAGGUUCUGUGAUACUCGCCGCUGCCAUUCCAAAUUUAGAACUGGUCAUCAACCUGUGCGGCGCCAUCUUCCUGUCAACUCUUGGCCUGCUUACUCCAGCCAUCGUUGACACCGUACACAACUGGGACAGAGGGCUCGGAUUCUUCUACUGGAAACUGUUUAAAAACAUAUUUAUAGCAAUGAUCUCUUUAUUAGCCUUCUUCGCUGGUACUUUCAUAGCCAUUCAAGACAUGGUAAACAAAAUUUCAGCAGAUCCGGUAUUGGAAAAGCAUCUUAAUACGACUAGAUCUUAAUUCAAAAUAGCCGAAACUAACAUAGCGUUGAUUACAAGAAAAAUAUGUUUUUCGCUUUGGAAGGAAAAAUACUCUUGAUGCUUGAGACCUUCCAACCACUGCCAAUACAUCAUACGAACCUUAAAUAAUCUGUCAAAGCAACAUUGUGCUUUUAAAUAAUGACGUAAUAAAUAGGUUAAAUUGAACGAUACUGACCAGUGUUAGCUUUAAGUAUUUUUAAGCAAACUUGUUGAUUGAAUGAAUAUUUAAGCAGCACUCUCCUAUAAGGAUGCAAUGCUUAAAGUAUAAGAACUUAGUGGUAGAAAAUGUUAGUACAAAUUAUUUUUAUUUUAAUGAUUUUGAUGACAAUUACAUGAGUUUUUUUUUCUACUAAUGGUUUAAAAAUAUUUUUUAUUUAUUUUAUGAUAUGAUUAUUUAUGAUACAAAACUCUAACGUGAUUGUGGUUAUAUAAUUCAUUUAGAAGCUAUUCACAAUUAUGUUGAUUCGGAUAAAUACAUAAAUAUAUGUUUAUUUAUUGUAAAUAGGUUGAACAUGAACAACGAAAAGAAAAUUAGGACAAUGGAAAUAGCUCACAAAAUAUAAGAAUGGAGUUUUCAAUUUUCUAAAUAGGAAUUUACUGUGAAUUUAUCAAAUGGGUUUUCUUGUUGAAUCACGGCAUCAUGUUUAUGUAUUUCAGCAAUUAUUUAUCCUUGUACGUAUUGAUUUAAAAUCCUUAGAACGUGGUCUGUGUUGAGGUGCAUUCGAUAACAAUAACAGGCUGUUGUUCAGUAAUCGGAAACCCGUAUGAAAUUUCUAGAAAUAUAUUUUUUGUGCAUCAGAUUUUUUCUCGUUACGACUAUUCGUCGAUAGAUGCCGCUACUUUAUUAUUUUUAAAUGUUCAUAGUUUGAUAUGAGUUAAAACAGCAAAAAUAGCGGUAUUUUAGAAACAAAACUAUUACGAUAUAAUUAUGUAUAUGUAUAUAUGUAUGCUUUGAGAAGCAAGGCCAUAUUUAUUUGUCAGUUUUCUUUAUAGAUUAAAUUACCUUACCUUUCAUAGUUUAUGGCUUAUUCUUGUCGGAGAAAGGCGAACUCACAGUAGGCUUACGAUGUGCUUCUGUGUGUUUGUUUGUGCAAUGUAUGGUUUGUUUCUUUAACAUCAAUUAGCAUGACAUUGAAAGAAAACUAAAAACGCAGGUUUUCUUUUCAAAUAUUAAACCAAUUUCUUUUUUACCACUUGUUUUGUUUAGUCUUUUGACAAUAAAAAACCUUAACAACUUAAAUACUUACUUUGUGAUGUUUAUAUCGAGUUGAAUUAUAAUAUAAUUUUUCAUGCAUAAAUAUGUAUAAAAAAGGGCGUGCAGUGGCUUGGAUCUAUAACAUAUGCGAUAUUUAAAAAAAGUUACAAAUUAUUCCCCGUCGGAUUGUUACAAUUCACAUAAAAGUACACGUAAUUAUUUUAUACACUUAAUUAAAGUACAAGUUAUAUUAGUUACUAAUAUCAAAACAUUAGUUACAUAGAACAAGAUAGAUAAAUAUAAGUUUAGCUAAUACAAUUUUUUGGAGUACAUUUAUGUGUUUUACUACAAUUUGUUUUCCUAACUUGAUUUCUAGUUAGUAAGAAAAAUCAAUUCAAUUUUAAUUACGAUGUUCUAAUAUACAGAUUAUAUCAUAUAAGAAAAUUUGUGUUAAUGUUUCUUUCCGGUAAAAGAAUGAAACGGUUUCCAAUUAAACGAAAGAAGUUUUUUUUUAAUUUAAUUUUAAAUAACUCAUACCUUAUAUAUUAGAUAUAUAUUAGACACAAAAUGUAAACAAACUAAAAUUUAAGCAAUCUUGUCAAAUGUUUGUUACUGAUUUAGAAAAGUUUUAGUUGGUGAUUAAUGUGAUUGCUUAUGUAAGUGUUUAUUUUAUGUCAGUUAGGUAUCACAAUCCUACCGAUUUUUGACAUGAAACGAUCGGUUGAAAAGAUUCGGUUGGCACUACGACAGUGUCGUGGAUAGGACAGGCGUCACACAAAACAAUUGACACCUAAUAUUCCAAGGCUAGUGACGUCAUUCACGCGGUUCUUUCUACGGGGUUCCGUUGAAACAAUUGACACAGAAAAAAAUGCCUAAAUUCAUACGAAAAGCGAAAGUGACCUUAGCCGUAAGAUAAAAUUAAAACGAAGCUUGAAAUGUGAUAUGUAACUUAGUAACGGUUUGAAAAACAAUUAUUUGACGGGAUCUUACCACGACGUUUAGAUGAGUUAUCGAUAUGGUGGGUUUGAUGCAAGUGCCAAGAACUGCUUUAGAUAGAUUCCUGCGGGUCAGAUGAUAGCAGCAAAUCUACUUUCUUCUUUUUAAUUCUAUCUUUUUUCUGGUCUCUUUUUGGGAGUUGCCACACAAAUUGACGGCUUGCCCCGGCAAAUACAUAUAAGUUAUCGGUAGUAAUCUCGUUAAAAUUAAAAGUCGUGAUAAGGACCCGUUAACAAUGCUGUUGUAUUAUGUAAGUAACAGCGAAAGUUUAAAACAAGUAGUAAUUUGAAAUUUUUUAUUAAAAAUU